AUGGACAGACAAACAAUCAUUGAGACCAACCGGUCGCUGCGCACCAUCAAGAAUGAACUCGAGAACCUCCUCGAGAAGGGCGUAAUCACCGAAGACGCCUACGAUAACAUCCACGCCACCCUCCCCUCCGAGACUCCUCUUCACGGUGCCGCCGCCCGCGCAGCUCCCAACGCUUCCACUCCCGUCCAGAACUCCAACCCGACCUCUCCCCCGACCAACGCUAUGGCCGCCCUCAACGUCCAGCCGAACCCGUCCCCGGCGCCGCCCUCAUACAACCAGACCGGGCCGCCGUCCCUCCCCUCCCGCACGCCGGAGAAGCCCAUCCUCGCCCACGCCCGCGCGCUGUACCGCUACGCCGGCGCCGACGCCCGCGACGUCGCUUUCGAGCGCGACGACCGCAUCGCCAUCCACGAGUACAUGAACGCCGACUGGUGGAUGGGCCGCAACCUCCGCACCGGCCAGGAGGGCAUCUUCCCCAAGACGUACGUCCUCGUCGAGCAGGAUUCGGCCAAGGGCGCCUUCGCCCCCCAGCAGCCCCAGUACGCGCCCCAGCCCGCACAGUGGGCUCCCCAGCCGCAGUACGCCCAGCAGCCCGUCUACGGACAGCCGCCGCAGGGCCCGCCGCCCCAGCAGAACCCCUACAACGCCGACGCGCCCCCUCAGGCCGUCGCGAACGAGCAGACAAACGCCGAGGGCAGCGGCGGAGGCAAGGGCGCCGAGAUGGGCAAGAAGUUCGGAAAGAAGCUCGGAAACGCGGCCAUCUUCGGUGCUGGUGCCACCAUCGGUUCCAACAUCGUCAACAGCAUCUUCUAG